CCUUGUAAAUCCAAAACGUCAGUCUCGCUCGUCCUCAUUCUCUAUUUCGAAACCCUAGAAUGAGCAAACAAAGAAGUUGAGGAAGAAGGCGAUGACGAUCGACGACGACAACUCUAUUUACGUCGGCGGCCUCCCCUACGACGCCACCGAGGACGACCUCCGACGAGCAUUCGAUCUCUACGGCGCUGUCGUCGCCGUCAAGAUUGUUAAUGACCGUGGAGUUGGGGGAAAGUGUUAUGGUUUUGUGACCUUUACUAAUCCUAGGUCUGCAGUGGAUGCCAUCAAUGACAUGAAUGGCAGGAAAAUAGGUGGGAGAGUUGUAAGAGUAAAUGAAGUCCGUACAAGGGGUGGUAGGCCAAAUUUCCAUCGUGAUGUUGGGAGGGAUGGGGACUUGGAGAGGGACAAUGACCAUAGUGGUGAUAGAGACCGCUUAAGAGAUAGGAACAAUGAUCGCUCUCGAGACCGUGAGAGGGAUAGAGACUAUGACAGAGGGCGUGACUUUGGUCGAGCAAGAGACCAUGCCUUUGAUCGACAUCGGGAUCGUAGUGCCCAUGGUCAAGAACAUGCACGGGAUCAUGACAGGGACUUGGAAAGGGAUCAUGAUAUGGACUGGGACCAAGAUAGGGAGAUGGAUAAAACAAAAUAUCAUGAUUCAGGCAAUGACGAAGAGCAGCCAUCAAGAAAUAGACUUGGUUCUCGUCUCGAUGAUCGUCAAAGCAGAGAAUUGUCAUCAAAUUCUGUUGAUGAGUAUCAGCACCAAGUGAAAGAGGAACUGGAGGCAUCCUUCCAGAGGAGCGAGGAACUUCAAAAGGAGCUGCAAGUGAUAAAUGAGAAGGUUGAUGAGCGUGAACAGUCUGUGUCCAAUUUACAAAAGAAAUGCCAGAAAUUGGAGGAUGCUUUGGCUGCUGCAAAGAAGCUCACCUCUCAACGACAGUCGAUGCUGGCAAAGCUAAGUAAAAGUUUUCUGCAAACACAAGAGUACAGUGAUAGGCUCAAGACCUCUGAACAAGAACUGAAGUUGCUUGUUGAUAAUGCUAUGGCUGAAGUUGGCAUGGGCGAGGAAGCUGGUAUCAGAGAUGGCUCCGCAUAUGCAAAUGGGCAGGUCUGAAUCCAGGUUGAAGUAUGAUGUCCGCAUUGAGUUUUUCUUCAAGUUUCAGUUGGAAGGGUAUUUCUAUGUUGGGGUUCAGUUUUUGAUGUAGAAAAUAUUCUGUAGCAGUCACUAUCUUGUAUACCACUAAUUUGCAUAAUAUAAGUGUCGUUAUGCAACGAAGUGACGAUAAUAUCUAUUCUUAAUCUUGGUUUAAAAAAAAAUCAUAGUUAUAGGUUAAUCUUAGUACAUGUAUGUUGGCGCAAGAAUUGUGGUGCACUCUGCCUAAGUUUUGCUUGUUCGACUGCACUCUCAUGUAAUCUUCAAAUGUUGAUGUUGGG